AUGGCCAAGUCUUCAUCCGGAUCCUCAUCCGGGUCUUCGUUUACGUUCCAACACUGGUCCUCAUCUGGGUCUUCGCCUAGGUCUCCAUACAAAGGCCGCCUUCUAGAUGUCACGCCCUUGAGUUAUGGCGGUGAUUACAAGGAAUGGGUUCGUCAAAUGAAGUACAAUUUUGACACGAAGGGCACGAUUGCACUCAUUGAAAAGGACGACGGACCAGGAUUUGCGGCAACAAAACAAGAGAAAGCUGCCUGGGAAGCGAUGGUUAAAGACGAGAAAGGAGAUCUUUUGAGAUGCCUCGAUGCCGAGGUCUGUGCAAAUGUUACGCUUUCUCCAUGGAUAGCUACCAGUAGUGUCAAACAGACUUGGCACGCAAUCCGAAUGGAAAUUUUGGGAAUGUCACUCGAAGAGGCAUAUUCUUUGCUCUCUGACUUCAACAAGCUGAAAGACGCGAGAUACCCAUCACCACAAGCCUUUCUCGACACCAUCGAUGAUGGGUGGACCCACAUCAACAGACAUUUCCCAUCGCCCCAACCUGAUAUCUUGAAGCUCAUUGUUGCGCUCGAGGGCAUAAAGAACCUCUAUGGGAAGUCAUACGCCAAUUUCUGGCGUGGUCGUACGAACACUAGCCAUCCAACAUACCAAGAUCUCAAAGAUUUCAUUGAAAGAGAGGCGCAACUGGAGCCCAGUCUAUUCAACGCUACAGAGAACUCGAAAGACAUCAAAGCCAAGACAGGAAUGUUCCGCAACGUGAUCAAAAGCAAGACCUACUGA